CCCUCAACGAGGCGGAGGGUGGCGGGUCGUCAUGGCGGCGCACCGAGGAAGAAGCGGCGGAGGGGGCUGGUUCCGGGCUUUGGCCGUCGGGGUCACGCUGCUCAAAUUGCUCCUCAUGCCGACCUACCGUUCCACAGAUUUUGAGGUGCACAGGAACUGGCUGGCCAUCACCCAUAGCUUACCAGUUUCCCAGUGGUAUUAUGAGGCAACUUCCCAGUGGACGCUGGACUACCCUCCUUUCUUCGCUUGGUUCGAGUACGCGCUUUCGCACGUUGCCAAACACUUUGACCGGGAGAUGCUGGCGAUCCAGAACCUCAACUAUUCCAGCCACGCGACCGUUUUGUUCCAGAGGCUUUCCGUCAUCUGCACAGAUGUCCUCUUCAUCUAUGCAGCUCGUGAGUGCUGUAAGUGUGUCAAUGGAAAGCAAGCGGGGAAGGAGACCCUGGAGAGCCCCCCCUUUGUUCUGGCUGUGCUUCUCCUGUGGAACUUCGGCCUCUUGAUAGUGGAUCAUAUUCACUUCCAGUACAACGGCUUCCUGUUCGGGUUGAUGCUCCUUUCCAUUGCCCGACUCUUCCAGAAAAGGCAUUUAGAAGGAGCUUUCCUCUUUGCCGUCCUGCUGCAUUUCAAACACAUCUAUCUCUACGUAGCUCCAGCUUACGGUGUGUUCCUGCUGCGAUCCUACUGUUUCACUGCAAAUAAUCCAGAUGGAUCCGUGCGGUGGCGCAGUUUCAGCUUCCUUCGCUUCGCUGCCUUGGGGCUGAUUGUUGGUCUGGUUUCCGCCCUCUCUUUGGGACCGUUCAUCAUUCGGGGACAGCUUCCUCAAGUCUUCUCCCACCUCUUCCCUUUCAAAAGAGGCCUCUGCCAUGCCUACUGGGCUCCUAACUUCUGGGCACUGUACAGCGCUUUGGACAAAGCACUCUCAAUUAUAGGUCUGAAAUACAAAUUCCUGGACCCUGCAAAGAUGCCCAGGGCUUCCAUGACGGGGGGACUUGUCCAAGAAUUCCAGCACACGGUCCUUCCAUCUGUGACUCCGCUGGCAACCUUGGUGUGCACGGCCAUCUCCAUACUGCCUUCUGUUUUCUGUCUUUGGUUUAAACCCCAAGGGCCCAGAGGAUUCCUACAGUGCUUGGUUCUCUGUGCGCUGAGCUCCUUCAUGUUCGGGUGGCACGUGCACGAGAAAGCGGUCCUCCUCGCCAUCCUCCCUCUGAGCUUGCUGUCUGUGGAGAGAUCGAGAGAUGCCGGCAUCUACCUGAUUCUGGCUACUACUGGGCACCUUUCCCUCUUCCCCCUGCUGUUCACUGUACCAGAGCUGCCAAUUAAAAUCCUCCUCAUGCUCCUGUUCACAGUAUAUAGCUUCUCCUCGCUGAAGGCCGUCUUCAGGAAAGAAAACCCUCUCCUUAACUGGCUGGAAACCAUCUACCUUGUUGGGCUGAUCCCUCUGGAAAUCUUCUGCGAAAUGGUAUUCCCUUUCACCUCCUGGACACUCAAGUUCCCCUUCCUCCCUUUACUGCUGACCUCCGUCUAUUGCGCUCUCGGAAUCACGUAUGCGUGGAUCAAAUUAUACAUCUCCAUCUUUACGGGACCGCCAGCCACCAGGCAAAAAGGGGACUGAGGAAGAGCCGAGGCCUUGGGGGAUCCUCCCGGCAGUCAACCGGCAACAAGCAGCGGCUUCUUCACAGAGAUCGGGCCACGUACUCCUCCACCGCCUCCCAUUCCAGAAACGGUUCUCGUUUCACGAGGGCCCCUGGACCAAGGCGACAGGAAACCCUUUCAAACCAGCAAAUGCCGAUUCCAGGUGGAGAAGACCGAGCGGCCGAGAGCUCCUGUUUACAAAUCGACUUUAAUUAGGACGUCCUUCCUGCACGGAGCCUCCUUUUUGACCUUCAGGAUUACGCGGCAGCAAAUACCAGUUGCCUUUAAGGGUCCAGACUGGCUUUUAAUUGCUAAAUGCUAAAAAAAGUCCACGUUCUCUGGCGGAGGACACAAUUGCGAUCAUGCAUUUUGAAAAUGUGAAUAAAGCAUUCACUCUUUUUUU